AUGGAAGAAAAGAAUCACUCUCAGGUUUCUUGUCAUGAUGACCGACCUCCUGGUUUCGUAGACGCUGUUCUUAAACCAUGUACUAGUUUGCCAGAAGGUGUUCAUCUUCAAGUAAAGGGAUAUGAUUUUAACGCUGGUCUAAAUUACGAUGCUUUGUUCUCAUCUUUUGAAUGUAUUGGAUUUCAGGCAACUCAUUUUGCAAAGGCUGAACAUGUUCUGAAUGAAAUGAUUAAUAAACGGAAUUUAAAACCUACUUCACGCGAAGAAAUUGAAUUAGCUCAAGUUUUACAAGACUUUCAUCCUUUAAAUAGACCUUUAUCAGAAUGUACUAUAUUUUUGGCUUAUACAUCAAAUAUGGUGAGCUCUGGUGUUCGAGAAGUUAUACGCUUUCUGGCCGAACAUAACAUGGUUGAUGUGAUAGUCACUUCUGCUGGUGGUGUAGAAGAAGACUUUAUCAAAUGUCUGGCUCCUUCAUAUAUAGGAGAUUUUGAAAGAUGGCGUGGUCAUGAAUUAAGAGAAAUCGGUGUAAAUCGUAUUGGCAAUCUACUUGUACCAAAUAAUAAUUAUGUUAAAUUUGAACAAUGGCUUCUACCCAUUCUAGAUGAAGUUUUAGAAGAGCAAAAUUCCCAGAAUAUAAAUUGGACCCCGUCUAAGUUGAUCAAUCGUCUAGGUAAAGAAAUCAACCAUAAAGACUCCAUAUAUUAUUGGUGCUAUAAAAAUAAAAUUCCGGUAUUUUGUCCCGGUUUAACCGAUGGUUCGCUGGGUGAUGUCCUUUUUAGCCACACUUAUCGAUCCCCUGGUUUAAAAAUAGAUCUAGUUGAAGAUAUUCGAAAUAUCAAUUUACUGGCAAUUAAUGCUCGUGCUACAGGAAUGAUAGUACUAGGUGGUGGUCUUAUAAAACAUCACACAUUCAAUGCAAAUUUGAUGCGAAAUGGAGCUGAUUAUUGUGUACUUAUCAACACAGGACAAGAAUUUGAUGGUAGUGACGCCGGUGCUAGACCAGAUGAAGCUGUAAGUUGGGGAAAAAUUAAAGGUUUAGCUGA